AUGAAAGUGUCAGUUUUGUUGGCAGUUUGCGCUGCCGCUGGCGCCAAUGCCCUCUCAAACCCGUUCUCUCGUUUCUUCAACCAGCACCAAGACAUCAUUGAAAUCGGCUCCAACAGAGUGUCUGAAUACCUCCACCAAAUAUUCUCUGGCAACACGGAAACCGGCGGAAUCGCCGAAUUCGGAGAUGUGGCCGCUGCGUGGGAGCAAUUGACCGCAGAAUAUGGAAUUGACGCUUUAGAGAGGGCCAGAAAGACGUACGAAGCAGCUAAAGACAAACUCACGCACAGCAACAUGAACAACAGAAAGAGUGGCAAUGCCAAAGGCUUUGAAAUCGAGAAAAACGAAAAGUUCCCCGGUUACGCAUUGAGGGCGAAAAAGACGAAUCCAGAGCUCUUGGGGUUGGACUCUGUGAAGCAGUAUACUGGGUACUUAGAUGUGGAGGAACUCAAGAAACAUUUCUUUUACUGGUUCUUUGAGUCGAGGAACGACCCAGAGAACGACCCUGUGAUUCUCUGGUUGAACGGUGGACCAGGCUGCUCGUCUGCCACAGGAUUGUUUUUCGAGUUGGGACCCUCUUCGAUUAAUGCUACUUUGCAGCCAAAAUUCAACCCGUACUCGUGGAACAGCAAUGCUUCUGUGAUCUUCUUGGACCAGCCCGUAGGCGUGGGAUAUUCUUACACUGAGGGUGAGGAGAUCUCUUCGACAGCAGCAGCAGCGAAGGACGUUUUCAUUUUCUUGGAGCUCUUCUUCCAAAAGUUCCCUCAGUUUAUCAAGAACAAAUUCCACAUUGCCGGUGAGUCGUACGCUGGACACUACAUCCCUGCAUUCGCUUCCGAAAUCGUCAACAACGCCGACCGUUCUUUUGAAUUGUCCUCGGUGUUGAUCGGUAACGGUAUCACCGACUCUUUGGUCCAGUAUAAGUACUACAGGCCAAUGAUGUGUGGUGAGGGCGGCUACAAGCCAGUAUUGACCACGGAACAGUGUGAACAAAUGGACAGAGAUUAUCCCUUGUGUGCUACUUUGACUAGAGCUUGCUAUGCUGUCCAGAACGCUUUCACAUGUGUUCCUGCUGGCCUCUACUGUGAGCAGAGACUUUUUGGGCCAUACCAAGAGACAGGAUUGAACCCAUACGACAUUCGUAAGAAGUGUGGCGACGGUGGCGACUGUUACGAAGAACAGGCUUGGAUUGAUGAAUACUUGAACCUUGAAUUUGUGAAAAAUGCCAUUGGCGCAGAAACCGAAAACUUUGUAGGCUGCGACCCAACGGUGUUCAGAAAUUUCAUUUUAUCCGGUGACGGAAUGAAACCUUUCCAGCAGUACGUUGCUGAGUUGUUGGAAAAGGAUAUCCCUGUGUUGUUGUAUGCUGGCGACAAGGACGUCAUCUGCAACUGGUUGGGCAAUCACGCUUGGUCUGAUGUGUUGGACUACUCCAAGCACGAUUUGUACGAGGUCCAGCCUUUGCGCCCAUGGCGUACUAAGGAUAGGGUGUUGGCUGGCGAAGUCAAGAACUACGACAAGUUCACCUUUGUCCGUGUCUACGACGCUGGUCACAUGGUUCCGUACGACCAGCCAGAAAACUCGUUGGAUUUAGUCAACAGGUGGAUCCUGGGCGACUACGCUUUCAAGAAGUACUAG